CAAUCCUAAUUUAUCAGGUGGUGAUGACACUUUGGUGUACUUAAGUACUCAAGUAAAAUUAAUUAAUUAUUCCAGCGGAAUUAAAGUCUGCCCGCAGUGAUUUUACGUUUCUUUCGCAUAUCUAUUAAAUGCGAGAGUUGUAUUACUAAACAUUUUUAUGUGUUGGCUUUAGUGUGUGCUCAACAAUGGCCAAAACAAAAGUGACUGGAGCAACUAGCAGACUGAAGCAAGAUUAUCUCAGACUUAAAAAUGACCCUGUUCCAUAUGUAACUGCGGAACCUGUACCUUCGAAUAUACUAGAAUGGCAUUACGUCGUCAAAGGCCCUGAGAAAAGUCCUUACGAGGGCGGAUAUUAUCACGGCAAAAUAAUAUUUCCUAGAGAGUUUCCAUUUAAACCUCCCUCUAUUUAUAUGAUUACACCUAAUGGGCGAUUUAUGACUAAUAAGAGAUUGUGCCUUAGUAUUACCGAUUUUCAUCCAGACACUUGGAACCCUGCAUGGUCUAUUUCUACAAUCCUCACUGGAUUAUUGAGCUUCAUGCUGGAGAAGACUGCAACAUUGGGAUCCAUUGAAACUUCAGAUUAUCAAAAGCGUUGUUUGGCUGCGGAAUCUUUAGAAGUGAAUUUAAAAAAUAAGAUGUUCUGUGAAUUGUUUCCUGAAUAUGUGGAGGAGAUUGAGCAGCUGUUGAAACAGCGUCGGGAAGCAGCUAUGUUGCAUUCAGAUUCCAAUAAUGUUAGCAGUGAAAGUGAAGUGACAAUGGAGCAGCAAUCAAACAUGUAUUACAUUAUGACUAAUUUGUUUGUCAUAGUCGCAUUUGUUAUUCUUGCAUUUAUGGUUAAAUUUGUUUUAGUUUCAAUAUCUAAUGACUAGGAUCACAGUUGUAUAUUAUGUGUAAAUAAUGUAUAUUGUUUUGUAAAUAUGUUUUCAAUAAGUUUGCAAAUAAUUUUACUUAACCAAGUUAAAUGUGCAAGUUUUUGUUGUGAUAUUUAUAUUUUCAUGUUUUUAUCAUACUAUAGAAGGAUAUUAAUUAUUUUUAUAUCCAGAAAGUAUUAUUUUAUCAUAGAUGUUAACCUAUUCAAUGUAAAAGAUAUUUGUGUUAUUUGGAAUUUGACACAAAAUUAAUAAAUGAAGCAGCACCAAUUAUUUCAUAUUACA